ACCGACCGGUCCUCUCUUUUGCCGCCGCAAAACGCCCACGCAACCCCCGGGGGAGCAGCCGACGACCGUCUUUGAUCCGCAACCGGCGCGGUCCCGCGGGACUCGACCGCAACCUAAAACAUGCAUCAACCGCCGUACCCCCCGAGCCAGGCACAGCCGAUGCCCCCCGAUAUGCACCCGCAUCCCCACCAGCCGCCGUAUCCCGCGCACCAGAUGCAGCAGCUCCCGUCAAUGCCCCCACCGGGCACCCAAUACCAAGAAAGCGUUCCGAUGGCAGGUCCCGGAGCGCUGCCGCCAGGACAGUCCGCCGCCGACGCCGCCCAGCCCUCCCCGUCGCAAUCGCAGGAACGCGCCCCGCUCACCCCCGAGCAGAAACGCCAGCAGGAGUUGAAUCUCAAGCCGUACUCGUCCGAAGAUGACCAGAGCCGGGUAUACUCCUUGGAUGUUGUGCAACAGCCGCAACGUGCGCGGAUGUGUGGCUUCGGUGACAAGGACCGGCGGCCCAUCACGCCUCCGCCCUGCGUGAGACUCGUAGUUAAAGACGCGAAGACCGGGAAGGAAAUCGAUUGCAACGAGAUAGAGCAUACAAUGUACGUCCUCAACGUUGACCUCUGGUCCGAGGAUGCCUUGAAGGAGGUGAACCUCGUUCGCCAUACCACAGCCACGCCAUCGAUAUCGUCCACGUCGCCUGCGUCAUACGCCCAGAUCGAGCAGACCACGCCGGCGUACUCGCACAUCCUGCCAUCCAGCCGGGAUAUGGGUUACUCCCAGCAAAUGUCCUACCCUCCCCCGGGCCAGGCUGUUAGCCCUUAUGGCAUUCAGCCAGCAUAUGGUCAAGGCUUCGUUUCGCCCAACGGAACUGGCUACCCGCCCCCGAAUCAGUACUAUCCCCAGGCCGAGCUCCAGGGCUUGACGCAGCUCGUAACCUCACCCUACGGCCCGCCCAGAGUCUACGAACCCCAGUUUGGCAGCAUGCCUCAGCGCAUGUCUAUCAGCGGUAACCCACCGUCGGGCAUGUUUACUCGGAACCUCAUCGGCAGCUUGGCUGCCAGCGCUUUCCGCCUCCAAGAUACCGUGGAUAAGAUCGGAAUAUGGUUUAUUCUGCAGGAUCUUAGCGUCCGCACCGAGGGUUGCUUCCGGCUUCGUUUCUCCUUCGUAAAUGUCGGCGCUCCCGGCCAGGCGGGCAACGGCUCCAUCAACGUCGGCAAGGCCCCCGUCCUUGCCUCUGUCUUCAGCGACGUCUUCCAGGUCUACUCGGCCAAGAAAUUCCCGGGAGUUUGCGAGAGCACGGCUCUGAGCAAGUGUUUCGCCAGCCAGGGCAUCAAGAUCCCUAUCCGCAAGGACAACCCGAAUAAGAACGCGAACCAGGACGACGACGAUUACGACUGAGCCCGCCUCGCC